GUUAGGUUAUACUUUGUUUUCUGUUAUAAUUCGUUUUUUUUUAAGUUUCCCACCGUCAUAAAUAAAACAAGGAAGGAUUUAGGUCCUUUGUAAUUAAAAACAAGCAGUUUAAAAAAGGAGCUUUGAGAAUGUAAUCGUUGAUGAUAUCCUAAAGAUUUUACCAGUUUUGUUAAGUGCUUCAAAAAAUGUUUUAUAUUUGUAAAGUUUUGAAGUGAAGUUUCUCGUUAUAUCAGGAAGUUUUCAAGUACGCAAGAUUUAGAACUAUAUUUGGUUUUGACAAAAAGAACAUGCACCAUAAUAUUCGUAGACAGCCAGAAAGAUGGGUUGACUUAGAUGAUGUAGACAAAGAAGAAUCAGACGAAAAUAUUUUAACUAAUGAUAAAAGUGAUGAUGAAACGUCGAAUGAAGAAAAUAUAAAAAAAGAUUUUGUGAAAAAGAGGAUUCUGGGAAAGAGAGGUAAUCCUAUAACGGUCACAAUAAAUUAUGUUCCUGUAUCGUUUACUGACCCCACCGCUUGUGUUUUUCACUACCAUGUUCGCAUCGAACCAGAACCAAGCCGACUUAAACUUUGCAGAAAAGUACUUGAGAUAACUGAAGCCGAGAAGUUCCCGAAUUCCACUUGUGCAUUUGAUGGUAGAAAAAACUUAUAUACAACAGAACCUAUUUCAGCUGAUCAAAAAAGUACAAGAAUAUCGGAGUCAGUUAAGAUAGUCUCCGAAGAGAACACUCUCAAUACAAUAAAAAGAUCCAACGAAGUAGAGAGCAGGAAUUGGCUACCAACUUGGUUUCAGUAUCGAAGCUCUUCUUAUAAAGAAUCAAAGUCCGUAUCUGUUAAAUUAUCGGUCUUCAAUAUGGUAUGGCUUUGGGAUGAAGAUAUGCUAGCGAAAAGAAGCUUCAAGUUAUCAGCACAACUCAAUGAAAUCUUGAGAUAUGGCGAGAUGUCGAAUGCAACACAAAACUCUUCAGCCGUUUUAAAGAAGGUAGUCGCGGCCGUGGAGACAAUUAUUGCUGAAAACGCUUUAAAAAAAUGCCAAGAAAGGAAACUGACACAAUCUGGAGAUAUACUUUUUACAAGAUACUCAGAACCCGCUGGACAUAUAAAUGGAGGAAUAAAUUUACAUUUUGGAUUCAGGCAGACCAUUGUCAAACAGUCGCCCUUGUUUCAUUAUAACUUUUUUAUGGCCAUUGACAUGACAUAUGGCUGCUUCUUCGACACCUUAUCCGUGAUUGAUUUUAUAUCUCUCAUUUUGGACAGGACGAGGAACAGCCUCAGGGAUGGGACACUUGAACCUUGGGAGCAUCAAGUGGUCAAAAGUUACCUAAAAGGGGUCAGAGUUAUCUACCAGGAUCCCGGAUAUGCUAUGACGAACAGAGAGCAUAUUAUUGAAAACGGGGCUUCCAAGUAGUUUUAACAACCAGGGCCAAUUCUAUUCGUUAGGAAAGGUCUUCGAUCUUGAAUUUCCAAAUAUGCCGAGUCUAAUUGUUGGACCGCCAGGUAUGAUGUUAGGACUCCCUCCUGAGCUGUGCACUAUUGCUGAUGGACAAAUUUUUAACAGGAGGAUGACAGAUUCGCAAAAGGAAGCACUGAAAGAACUCCUGUUAGAGCUCAAACCUAAACCAAGGCAGAUAAAAAGUGAAAUCAUUAGAAUGAUUUCAGCCCUUGGACUGGAAAGGAAUAAUUUUUUUUCCGAGUUCGGUAUUCACAUUAAUAAAAAUUUGGUUCAAACUAAUGGGAGAGUGCUGAAACCACCAAUAAUAGUCUGUAAAUCCGCCAUGCUAUCAGGAAUAAAACAGGUUUCACCAUCUGAAAGUUCGUGGGAUUUGGAACAUUUUGAAAAUGCUGUUGAAAUUGAUAAAUGGGCCAUCUGCAAUGUAGAUCCGACAGAAGACCCAGAUUUACUGUUUUUGGCAACAGCAUUGCGUUUUAGAGGUCUACGACUUGGAAUGAAAAUACAUGAACCACAAUUUUAUCCCAAAUUGGUACAAGCUGAGGAAGAUUUUGAAAAAUAUUUUGAAAUAUUUUUGAGAGAAAGGAAAUCAGAAAAUUGUGAAGUGGUGUUGGUAGUUAUGCCGAACAGUGGAGUUUUUUACGGAAAAAUCAAGCAAAUAGCAGAACUUCAAGUUGGAAUACUCACACAAUGCUUGAAAUCAUCAACAGUAAAAAAACUUGAUUUAUCUAUUAUGAAUAGCCUUCUUUUAAAACUGAAUGCAAAAUUAAAUGGAAAUUGUUAUAACAUCAAAUCUUCACUUUGGCCUAAAUAUUUCAUCAGACCUGUUUUAGUAAUUGGUGCAUAUGUAAAUGUUAAUGAUCCCAAGAGAAGUUCUAGUUUUCCUUUUAUCGCUUCUAUUGUUGGAAAUUAUAAUAGACAUGCUACUAAACAUAAUGUGAUUUGGAGUUUUAUGAAAUCAGAUUCAGAUCAUAUUGAAAAUCUAGAUAAGAUAAUCGGAGAACUUAUAAUCCAUUAUUGGCAAGAGAGUGGCGCUUAUCCUGAAAAGAUACUGUAUUACCGUGAAGGUAUUUUGGAAGAUAAUAUUUGGGUGGUCAUGGAAAAGGAGGCGGCAUUGAUAAGAGAAGGUUGCUUAUCACUGCACCCAUUCUACCAACCAUCUCUCACCUUCAUUGAUGUUACAAGAAAUCACUCCGCCAUGUUUUUGCCGAACAAACAGGCCGAUGUACCAGCAGGGACUGUCGUAGAUUCCACCAUUGUCCAUCCAAAUCAGAUGGAAUUUUACCUCAUGUCGCACCUAUCUUAUCUGGGAGCCCCAAGGCCUACAAAAUACCACGUUUUGAUGGAUGAGUCUCAUCUUUCCGAAGACGAUAUUCAAGAAAUUACAUUUUACCUUUGCCAUUUAAGCUGCAGAUGCACUCGUUCAGUACCGUUUCCUGUACAACUCUACUACGCUCGUCUGGCUACUCAAAGAGCUCAGAAAUAUUUUGAUGGGAGGUUUAUGGAUGAUGAAGAAAUAGACAAGACUAUCAAAGAAAUUUUAAACGUUAAUGCCCUUCUUGAACACAAUCCAAUGUUUUUCGUGUAACUAAUCUCAAUAUAGCGAAGAUCGACCGAAAAUGUAUAGGCAAUAGAAAACUGUAUAUUGUUUAUUUUAGCUUCCAUCUACUGUAAUCGAAAAAUAAAGAAUAUUUUAGACGGGAA